UGACUCCGCCGGGGGGCGGCCGCGCUGCAUGGGGGCGGAGGUUGGCCGUCAUGGAGGGGGUGCUGUACAAGUGGACCAACUACCUGAGCGGCUGGCAGCCUCGAUGGUUUCUUCUCUGUGGUGGCAUCCUGUCCUAUUAUGACUCUCGGGAAGAUGCCUGGAAAGGUUGUAAAGGAAGCAUCCAAAUGGCUGUGUGUGAAAUUCAAGUUCAUCCUGCAGAUAACACCCGCAUGGAUCUAAUCAUCCCUGGGGAACAAUACUUCUAUCUGAAGGCAAGAAAUGCAGUUGAAAGGCAAAAGUGGCUGGUUGCACUGGGAACUGCCAAAGCCUGCCUGACUGACAGCAGGACACAGAAGGAAAAAGAGUUCACUGAAAACACAGAAGCCUUGAAGACUAAAAUGUCUGAACUUAGACUGUACUGUAACCUCCUUGUUCAGCAAGUGCAUAAAACAAAGGAAGUCAGCAUUUCUGGUGUAUCAGAACCCGAGAGUGAAAUUGACAUGGGGGCACUGUUAAAAUCAACCUGUGACACCUUCCUGAAGACUCUUGAAGAAUGUAUGCAGAUUGCAAAUACUGCCUUCUCUUCUGAGUUACUGCAUCAGACCCCUCCUGGAUCCCCACAUUUAGCAGUUCCCAGAACAAACAAGAUAAAGCACUCUGUCUUGUCCAGCCAUGCCUCAACAGAAAGGCAUAUGGAGUUGAAUCCCUGUGAAAAUGGCUCUGUAAAAGCAGAAAUAAACCAUCAAGAGCAAACUCUUAUUAAAAAUCUGAGAUCUUUAAACCUGGAAACCAGUGAGGGGAGCGGUGAUGUUUCUGUGGAGGAUCACAGAGCAGAGGGUUUGGCAGGCAUUGAAGAAGAUGGAGAGAAGAAGCUGCAAGCUGUAGAAAGCUGUGCAUUGCUGCAGUCGGAGACAAACUCUUUAAGUGGAUUGACUCUUUGUGAGGAAGACAAAAGUGAAAGUGAUUGUCCUACCUUCUUCAGCGUCAUGAGCAAUAGAUUCAGUGAUAUUGAACUUCGGGAGGAAGAGGGCAUACCAACAGAAGAGUUUCUGGAUUCAUGUUAUGCAAUUGUGCCUGUUCUGGACAAGCUGGGACCAACUGUUUUUGCUCCUGUGAAAAUGGAUUUUGUAGGUAACAUCAAGAAAAUAAAUCAGAAAUUUAUAACCAACAAAGAAGAGUUUGAUACCCUUCAGAAGAUAGUGCUCCAUGAAGUGAAUGCAGGUGUAGCACAAGUCAGAAAUUCUGCUACAGAGGCUCUCCUGUGGCUGAAAAGAGGCUUAAAGUUCUUGAAAGGGUUUUUGACAGAAGUGAAGAAUGGAGAAAAGAAUAUCCAAACAGCUCUAAACAAUGCUUAUGGGAAGACUUUACGGCAGCACCACGGCUGGGUUGUGCGGGGGGUCUUUGCGUUAGCUUUAAGGGCAGCUCCAACAUAUGAAGACUUCGUGGCAGCUUUGUCUGUAGAGGAGUGUGAUCCUCAGGAAGAAACAUUUUACAAAGGAAUGCAGAGGGACCUCAACAUUUAUUUACCAGCUAUGGAAAAGCAGCUAAAUAUCUUGGACACUCUCUAUGAAAUACAUGGUUUGGAGUCAGACGAAGUGGUAUGACUACAGCAAGACUGUGUCUUAAAAAUUCAGGGACUGUGUCUGUUAACAGAGAUUUCUUUUUGAGUGUUUUAACAUUGUUUCUGUGCAUUGUAUCUUUUUAGGUGGGAAGGGUGUUGUGAGUGUUUUUGGGGAAGGGUAUGUAUGAUGAUUUUUUUUCCUCUCUAAUUAUUUUGAGUGUAAAGGCAGAGGUACUGUUUCUCUUUGGGUCAUAACUGUGUCCGUGCUGAAUGUUUGUGACCAUUUCUCUCCUACCUGUGUGCAUCUCUUUUUUUUUUUCCCCUCUUCAGCUCAUAAAAGUAACAGAGCAAAAUUUGGCCUUUGCUCCUGUACCUUAGAGGCACAGUAUAGUCAUUGGGAUGUUAACAUAGUGUGCUGGCUCUGGAUCUUCCCAUGCCCUGUGCCCACUCCCUGUGAUGUAUGAGGACAGAGGUAUUGUUAUUGUUCCCUAGGUGGGUAACCAGUUAUUGUUACCCUGGUGGCAAGGGUAGCUAAAUACCAGCACAUAAGUGACAUGGGGAGUUUGUCCCUUACUUUGGAGCUUUUUAAUGCAACACUUCCCCAGAUAUUAGAGAUCUUCACCACAGGUGUUAUGUGGCUGGUGGUCUCAGCUCCCCCAGGAACCAGCCUUUGAAACUGGGUGUUAUGUUCCCUGACUAGCUCCCACACCAUGCCACAAACUCCCUGUCAAUUCCUGCCAGUGGAGAAAUGAAAUUGUGCUGGCACAGGCUGACAGCAUUCCUUUUAAUCUCAACAGUGCUUUACACAAGCAGGAAGUGAAGAUCAUGACCAUCAUCCUGGUUUGUUGAGAUUUUAUUGUGGGGUUUUUUUUUUCUGUUUUAGGAGUUGGGUUUUUGUGAAAUCAGAUUCACACAAAACCCAUCAUACUUGCUUUUAAACUGAGUACAGCUAGCAGUUUAAAAAGCAGACUUCAUUAAAAUACUUUCUAAGCUGCCAUUAUGGAAAUGAAAAUGGACCUGAAUUAAGUCAAGUGUAGAGGAAGCUAGAAUUUGUCGUGGAGCUGUUGUACAUUGGGACAAUUGCAAAUGUCAAGAUCUCAAAUUAUGUCAAGGUGACUGGAAAUUAAGAAAGUUAGAUCUGCCCUUUUCCCCAUUUUGGUGGUGCAGAUGAAAAAUGUGCUCCUUAAAGCUGUUGCUGUUAAUGGCUUCAAAGUCUUUAUUAUUUGAGAUGGUUAAGGACAAAAUUCCUAGAUGUGUUGAUGGUUAAAAGGCUGAGAGUUGCUGGCUGCCCAUUCAAGGCUUAAACUUUGCUAAUGAGAUGAUUAGAAUGAGUAAGUCUUCAUUAAGAUGCUUAGAAUGAGGAAGACUUCUCCUAUAUUUAGGAGAAGUCAGUGUUAGCACACUCACAGGAGAAGUACUGACUUCUAGGCUAAAAACUGUGCUCUCACUGAAGCGACUCUACUGCUCUGCGUUGUUCUGACUGGAGCCUCUCUGCACAUCAAUUACUUGAGCCUUUCUAAAGGGCUUAUCAUUGUGAGCUUUUAGAAAAGCAUAUGGAGCUUGAAGAAAAGACCAAACCUCACAGUUGGUGUGUAAAACAGGACACCAGGACUUUAAUUUGGCAUUCAAACAGUGUGACUUCCUUGUUCCUGUGAUGUAAUGCCUAUUGGUAGUUCCUACAUGCUCCAAGAGGAAUCAGAAGGAUGGGAGGGAGGGGUUGUAUUAAAAAACAAAUUCUUCAUUUAAGUAGUCUAUAUUCUUGUCUGAGUAAAAAGUCAAUACUCUGAUCAAAGCUCCAUUCAGUUAUUUCACUACUUGCACUGCUAAAGUGAAAAGGAGGCCUUCUUCUAAGCAUGACUGCAAAGAAACUACUCCUGUAACAGAAUAACCAACUCUCCACCCAUUUUCUUUCCCCAAGGUUUACAGCUAUUAUGUGGGAAAUGUUGCUGCAAUAGAUUUAAGCUGAGUGGUCUGGCAAGGUAAGGGAGACCACAUUUCCACACAGCCUCACCUGGAGCAGGAAGAGAUCUCUUCUGUAGAAAUGAACUGUCAGAUUGUGACGAAAAUUGGCUUCUGUUUUUGCUCUAAGCUUUUCCAGUAGCAGGGAUGCAUAUUCAGCACUUAGUCUGGGAGGUGUUUGGAGGUUUUCUGUUUGUUUAGUUUGGUGUAGGGUUUUUUUUAACCAGCAGGAGAACAACUAGUUUGUUAGGACUGAGUCAGACUUGAUGCUUGGUCCAAAAAGUCAGGAAGCUUUAUUUCAUAGGCGGAGAACUUACCGGCUUCAUUGGGCCAUUAGCUUCAGCAGUUACUAACUUCUACCAUUCUUUUCUUCUAACCAGUGCAGUGGUCCACACUGCAUAUCCUCUAAUCAGCAUGGCAUCCUGCCUUGGAGCAGGUUUUCUCUUCUUACUCUUCUGUGUAAAGUUGUUCUUUCUGAACUCGAAUUGGUGCUUGAGAACAUUCUUAGGAGUCUAUGGCUUCUGCACACCUCUGUGUGCUUGUGAUUAAACAGAGGACUUGUAGAGAAGGAAUUGGGCAAAGUCUCCUUGCCUUCACAACUUGUUCUUAACCAUGCACUUCUAAGACUUGUGAAUGCUCUCUUUCCAGUCAAAGCACCACUGACAAAGAAACCUAUGCAGAAUGCUGCAAAGCUGAACUCCAGGUUAUACCUCUAAGCAUGAGUCAGAUGAUCGAGUGGAAGCAAAUAUAUGGCUAGGAAACUCAUGUGGGUUUUUUUCCCCUCUGUAAUGUCAGCUUGGCAAAGCAGAGAGGAUUGCUUUUGAUUUUAGUAAUUGUAGAGAACCUGCAACUAACUGCUGGCCUUGAAAUGUAGACUCAGAGAGAAAGUGGAUGUGCUCUGUUUCAUUUGGUUUGUUGAUUGGUUAAGGUUGCUUGGCCGUUUUGUAAUGAACAGAUGACUCUUAUACUGAUAGAGCUCCACCUGUCCCUCAGAUAGCAGCACCUUUGCUCUGUCUACUUUACAUGAACUGCUUUGGUUUCUUAAACUGCACUAGCCUGGAGUUUUGCAUCCCUUUCCUUUAGAAAUGCUUUUGGCUGUUUCCUUCAAUGUCUUAACAGUUGCCUAUUCUCAGGGAUUUUACAUAGCCAUGGCAAAAUAAGAGUAGUCACAGCCUUGCCCCAGGGGAAUAAGGUGGCUUGCUUUGUGAAAUCAGUAUAACUGAGUGUAGCACUCUGGUACAGUGGUGUAGUACUGGUACAGUACAGGAGUGUAGAACUGCUACAGUGUAUGACACUGACAGUGUCUAUGCAGUGCACAUCCUUGCUGGGACAUGGUAAAUCCCAAGCAAUCUGAUAGAAGUGCUGUCUAGGGCUGAAUAAUGGCAGUCAGCAUCUUUGGAUAGAGAUCAUACACACAUCUGUGCAGCAUAGUGCUGUUGGCAUUAGAGCAGAGCUCUGAAAUGAUUCCAGUCAAGUCCUGCUUAGCAUUUGGGAGGCUUUUAUUUAUUUUAUUUAUUUUGCUCUUAAAAAACAAACACACCACCCCACAACUAAGUUCUGGAGCCUCCUCUGCUCUUUUAAGACUCCAUACUUGGUUGCAUGUAGAAAUUCUUUGUCAUUACAGUUGCAGAAUAUGAUCUGGAUGCUCAAGUGCUAACUUAAGGAGUCAUUGAAGCAGCCCAUCCUGACACUGUUGUCAUGUGGGUCUGCCUUUACUGGGUGCACUUAAAGGUAAGGGCCAUAUACCUUCACUUACAGGCUUGCUUUAAAGCAUCAUCAAGAUGGAGGUUACAACUGCUUGCUUUAAAAACGUUUCAUAGCUUGAAAAGUGUCAUUUGGUUAGCUGGAUGUAUAAAAAGUACGCCCAAAAUAUGCUCCAGUUGUUUGCAGCCUGCUUUGGCAACAGGGUGUGGACCAUUACAGGGCCUUCUAACCCUUUCUUUUCAUUAUCACUUUGGGGAACUUUAAACUGCCUUUCAGACACAGGAAAGAUGAUUAACCUAUUCCUACCUGGAUGUCUUUCUCUCUUUUUCCAUCUUGUCCCCACUCCUACCAUUCUUUCUGUUGUCAUCUGCUUUGAUACCAGCGAUGCUAUUAAGUCAAAGCAUCUCUCCAUAAGAGCACAAAGCAGGAAGUUUUGUAAGUGAUGCAAAUGUAAACUUGGAAAAUCAGACCUGAAUUCUUUGGCAGGCAACCAAAUGUACAAUCAGACAGAGAAUGUGUGGCUUUUAUCUGAAGUUCUUCCCUGGUUUGAUGGCUUUUUGCCAGGAAAACCACACUACUUUGAACUUCUAACUUCACCAAUGAAGUUUAAAUUGGGACACUUCAGACUUGGUAGUCCUACCUCUUUAGAGUGAAUGCACAGGGAUUAUUUUUUUUUAAACAGAGUUUUUUCCUCUCUUCUCUUGCCUACAUAGUGCAGAUAACAAAACAAAAGGAUAAGAGGGGUCGGAAUAACUGAAUUCAUGCCUCUCUGCUACCUUCUGUAGCCCCUUGGUGAACAAACCUGACAAACUACUGCAUAUUUCAAGCAAUAUAAAAUCACCCUCCUGCAGAAAGGAGCAUCAUAGCAUGCUUACUGUCUCUGAACAAGCCCAGGCAGUAGCUGGUCCAGCUCACAGUUCACACAAGGCUUUAAGCACUUGCUUUGAGGUUAGAACACAGGCAUACACUUCACUUAAUGUGUACAACCUUCCCACUGGCACGCAGCUAUUCAAAAUGUGGUCUUUGACUCUCAACUUCAAUAUCCCUUUCUUGGUAUAGAAUUCCUUCCCUUGGAUACUCCAGAUGUGCUAGAGGUGGAAUUAAAACCCCAACAUUAAACUUCCUUGUUUUCAUGUCCUGACUUCUGCUUAACGCUGUUUGUUAACUGCAUUUUGCAACGCAGCAUUCAGGAGGUCCAAAACUUUAAACGUUCAGGAUGGCUUUAGAUAAAGGAAUUGAGACUUGUGUCUGCUUUGGACUAAGCAAGUCAAUUGCAUUCCAGAGUAGCAUGACUAAACUGAAGACCAAAGCAGAUUGCUUUUAUGACUCCCUUUUGGGUUUGUUGUUUUUAAGCAAAUUUUGGGUAUGUGUUUUGUCACUGUCAAGCUGACCUUGCUGCAAGCAUUACUUACAUGUCAUGUAAGUGUACAAAACACAUUACAUCCAUACUGAAGUACACUUAAAGACUUAAAGAAGGUAUAUUGCCUCACACUUUGCAUUUUCUUAAUUCUAAGGGCUUGGUCAUGCCCCAACAAUCACCUCUUCUGCUGUAAGCAUUGCACAAAUUAGGCUGUCAUAAGCAAUUUGGUCCAGAAUACCUGGGAGUUUCCAGUCUGUCUUGUCUUUCAAAACAUACAUCAUCUGCCCCUUCUUUUAAAGUAUUGUUAAGACCUUUGUCAGACUUUUGUAUUAUUGUAUUAUAAUAAACUUAUUUUAAAUAAGCAUGGUUUUAAA